AUGGCGCCGAAAAAGGCAGUGAAAGUAGUGAAACAGGAGAAGCAGGUGCGCGUGGAUGCUGCCGCGCAGGACAAGAAAAGGCAGAACGAUUUCGCGCGCAAGCUGACGAAGGCAUCACAUCGCAUCAAGGAGUUCUACGACAAAGGCCGGAAGCACCUCAAGGCAUCAAAGUCUGCGGAGAAGGAAGAGUUCAUUCGACAGGCUCUCGCUACGGUGGACUUCAAGGACGCGUACUUCGAGGGCAUCGAGAUCAUCCGCGACACCGAGAUGAAGAAGGUCACUGAGUUUUGGAUGUUGUGGACGGCCAUCACGCAGAAAAACGGCCCCGCGCUGAUCCGUGUUCAAGUAAAACAAGGAAAGAUACUGACUAGGCCCCACGAGGACCUCGACCACGAUGACCCGACGACAAAGGAGCUCCCUGAGGAAGAGCAGCUGCAGUACAAGGUCGUUGAGAAAAAGAGCGUGACGGAAGUUGGCACAGUGAAUGAGGCGCGUCGCAGCACCAAGGGAUCAGGCGGCGAGGGGCCACCGCCACCGGGGGAGGAGGAGCAGCCGACCGAGGACAAGGCCAAGUUCUCCAAGACCAAGAAGCAGCACAACGCGUACAGUGCUGUGACAGUCGACUUCAAGUUGAAGCUGGCAAAGUUCUCGGAGAACAGGCACGUUGGGCAGUUCUACGCGGAGGCAAACGCAAGCUUCAAGGGCGCGGAGAAGAAUGAUUCCAAGAUCAUCAAAUUCUUGGAGAAAGUAUCGCACGGCGACGCGAUCCCAACAGAGGAGGUCGAGAACGCCGCAGCGCUUGCGGAUGAGCUGAAGGGCGACGCGGCCACGGCCAGGGACAACCUGUCCAUGAUGGCCACGAUCGCAACGAGGAUGGCCAAGAAGAGGGAGCGGUCUGCCGCCGCGGACGCCGACGGGGAG